CAACUGACAUUAAAAAAGAAAAAUCCACAGAAGAAGAAGAAGACCAAGAACAAGACAACAACUGCUGCUUUACUACAUUUCUAAAGUAUACUUAGUUGUUUCAAACAUGGACAACUCUGGAAAAGAGAAGGAAGCCUCGGCUCUGAUUGCUGAGGCUGAAAAGAAACUGAAAUCGUCUCAGUCGUUUUUCGGGGCGUUGUUUGGAGGCUCAUCCAAGAUGGAGGAGGCCUGUGAUAUGUACGCCAGGGCUGCCAACAUGUACAAGAUGGCGAAGAACUGGUGUGCUGCAGGUAAUGCGUUCUCCCAGGCGGCCCGGCUCCACCUGCAGAUGCAGAGUAAACACGAUGCUGCUACGAACUUCAUAGACGCUGGAAACGCCUUCAAAAAAGCUGACCCACAAGAGGCAAUCAACUGUCUGAACCGAGCCAUCGAGAUCUACACAGACAUGGGACGGUUCACCAUCGCAGCCAAACAUCACAUCUCCAUCGCAGAGAUCUACGAGACGGAGCUGGUGGACAUUGAUACGGCUAUAGCUCACUAUGAACAGGCAGCAGACUACUACAAAGGAGAAGAGUCCACAAGCUCUGCUAACAAGUGCCUUCUGAAGGUGGCUGUCUAUGCAGCUCAACUGGAACAGUACCAGAAGGCCAUAGAGAUCUAUGAACAGGUUGGGACCAAUGCGAUGGACAGCACGCUGCUAAAGUACAGCGCUAAGGACUACUUCUUCAAGGCAGCUCUCUGCCACUUCUGUGUGGACAUGCUCAAUGCCAAACUGGCCUUGCAGAAGUACGAAGAAAUGUUCCCUGCCUUCUCAGAUUCUCGUGAAUGUAAACUGCUAAAAAAACUUCUAGAUGCGUGUGAAGAACAGAAUGUGGAUGUAUACACUGAUGCCGUGAAGGAAUAUGACACUAUCUCUAGGUUGGACCAGUGGCUGACCACUAUGCUCCUCCGCAUCAAGAAGACCAUAGAAGAAGACGAGAGUGACCUGCGUUAAUGGCCUUAAUGUCACUAGACACCUAACCCCCCUAAACCCCUAUAUCCAUUUCUCUGACCAAAACGUCAUCCAUACCCAGGGCUGUUAAGGCGACCAUAUUACCACCUCCCCAGCAGUCCCCAGUCAUGAUAGCAGUCAAAUCCCCCAUGAGGUAAAACUAGGCUUCUCCAAAACUGAGCUGUGAUGCCGCUGAUGGUAAUUGGUACUCGGCGCUCUAUUGUCCCUGUAAUCACUUAAUGCAAAUACAGUGGAGAAUCAAAUCAAACACUUCCUGAGAGCCCUGGCAGUCAAGAGUUGAGUGGAAUAGGAUCACCUGUUGGGCAGCGAGAGCCAGCUCCUCAUAGCUGGUUGAUGCAUGGAGUUAAAUAUGUGCUCUUGUUGGGGCAACAUUUCUACAGCCUAUGUUUUGCAAUUGCGUGAGAGAAAAGUUGAGAUGGCCUCUGUUAAAAAGAGGAGGCUAGGCCGACUAUAUUUAGUGUUUGUAAAGAUAAAAUUUAAAUGGAAAAUAGUCUGAUGUGUGAAAAUAUUAAUCACCUGGGAAUGAUGUCCAAAUUAUUAUUAUAUAAAAAAUUAUUAAUUAAUGAAUUUAUGGUGAUAGAGUCUGCUAUAUUGAAUGAAUUAGACUUUCUUUUUCUUACCCCCCAACAAAUUUCACGUUUCAGUAGAAGCACGACAACUAUGGUCCACGUCAGUCGAUAGGCCCGGAGAGAUGCUUAACAUGUUUAUCUUCAUUAACGGCCAAACCCUCCGUUAUUUGCAUGACACUUAGCAGUCGAAAAAAAUGUAAUGACCGUCACAGCCCCACCCUAGGGUUUCCUAAACUCGGUCCUCCGGACCACAAGGGGGGGCAUGUUUUGGUUUUUGCACGACACAGCUGAUUUUUAAAGUAACCAACUAAGCAUCCAGCUGUAAUCAUUUUGAAUGUGUUGUGUAGUGCCAGGGGGUCCGAGUUAAAGAAACGAUGCCCCCCCCCCCCGUUGCCUCAGGCCCUACACCCUGGCUUCUACUCUUGUGCCUUUUUUUUUACAGCAGAUAGCUCAUCUUGCCUUUGCAGUGUAUCUCAUCUUGCCUUUGCAGUGUAUCUCAUCUUGCCUUUGCAGUGUAUCUCAUCUUGCCUUUGCAGUGUAUCUCCUCUCAUCACCCCGGUGUUGAUCAGGUCAUCAACGCUAGUCCUAGUGCCUCUCCUGUUCUGCUGAACAUGGUGCAAAACUGUACCACCGACAGUGAUGGCUGUGGCCAUCAGACGCUAAUCAGAACACUAACUUGUGGACUGUACCAUAGUGGGAGAGUUACUGCAGAGUGCCUUUCAGAAUGAAAGCAGACAAUCAUGAUGUGCUGUGGACUGCACACGACAAAGUGCAGAGCUAAUCGGAAAGUGAAUGUCCCUGAUUAAAUCCUGUAGUCUUUCUGCUUUGGGACACCUCAGGAAAGCUGGACUGCUGAACCCGAUUUGAGGAAAUACAUGUAUUCACACAGUGGCCUUGAAAUACCUUUAAUAUUGAUAAUAAAAUGUAAUUUACAAAGUAUUUUUAAACAAGGUUACAGAUAUAAAUGAAUAAAUUACCCAUACAGAUAAUAACCUAGUUAUGGUUUUAAAUUUUUUUUUUUUUUUGCAGUUUUCCCAUUCUAUUCCAAUUCUCUGAUUUCUUUAUUUUCCUUCAAUGCUACAUGUUAUGUCCAUUCACCUCCUCUCUACUUUGUGUUACUGACUAUACUAGCUUACUAUACUUUAAAAAGCUCUUUUUUUAUUGGGAAAGCUAUUGAUUUCAACUUAUUUUGACAUGUAAAGAUGGACAAGCUUUUGAUUAAAGGACGUUGUUUUAGUCCGUGUAUAAGUAUUGGUCUCUUUCUCUUCAAUACAGACGAGCACAGAUUAAUUAAACCUAUAAAGAGAGACGGUUGUGACUCUGUAAUAAAAAAAUAAAUAAAAAAUAAAGAAUUGUUGUGGAAAAUAAAA